AUGUCUGCCAAAUAUAUCGUCUAUCUGGCUGUUCUGGUCUUCGCCACCAUGGCAUCUGCUACCAGUAAGUUCCUUUCACAGCCUGCUCCCCCUGACUCGAAACCAAACCACUCCCCACCCUUCAAAUUCCUUUCCUCUACCACCAUCCCUAGGAUGACGCCGCAACGAAACAGCUGUGAUGUCAAACGACGCAUGGCUGACCUUGGGCGCCUUCCAGAUACCCCCCACGUUGCGAAGGAGGCUGGGGCCGUCAACCACGCCCGUGGAAUAGAGAACAACAACGUCGUUGCCAGCCUUGUCGCUCGCCAGGUAGAAACUGUUACUGUCACCGCUAUCUCUACCAUUUGUGGCUGCGGACCUGCCCCUGUUCCUUCCACGUCCUCCAGUGUUUCCCAGAUCCUGAGCACUGAGACACCACCUACUCCAGCCCCCGUUCCCGUAACCUCUUCCAGCAUUGCGACAACUCCCUGGACCACCCCCACUGUCUCUCCUCCAGCCUCUACUGUUGUUGGUACAGGGGCCUCCUCUGUGGCCAAGAGCUCAAGCCUCAUCUCCUCUGCUCCCAAGGUCACUCCUUCAACCUCUAGCACUAUUCCCUCCAGCACCCCUACCCCUCCACCCUCAAACGAUGCAAUCCGCAACAGCGGCAUUGGAAUUGCAAUUCUCGCUGGUGCAGUUGGUUUUGUUGCUCUCGUAGCAAUGUAA